AUGAUUGUAUUUUACCUCUGCGUUCUUGUCGCUGUAUGGCAAGCUGUGCUUGCUGACUCGGAUGCUUGUUCAAACAGCUUGAUCAUCUCAAGUCAAAAUGAUGUCAACAAUCUGACCAGCUGUGAAAAGAUUGAUGGAAGCAUCACGGUAUCCUCAUCAUUUAAUGGCGCGCUUACGCUCAACGGCGUGGACCAGAUCCAGGGCUCCUUCAUUGCGGAAGGCGUGUCGGGGCUCUCGGCAAUCGUCGCUCCCGAUUUAGAGAAAGUGCAGGGAUCUAUCACCAUAAGCAACCUUGACACAUUGUCCACUGUUACCAUGGGAGCAUUGUCACAAGUUCAGAUGGGUAUGACGAUCACAGGCAAUCCGGAGCUUCGAACACUUGGGUUCCAGGAAUUGGAGCAAAUUGACGGACAAUUGACUUUGACGGGCUCGUUCGAUAGUGUUUCUUUACCCUCCCUGGAUCAGGUCCAAGGUCCAGCAAUCAUCACAAGCAGUGGCUCAAUGGCCUGCAGCGCCUUGAGUGCCCUGAAAUCCAAGGGCGCUUUCCGAGGAAGUUAUUCCUGUUCUGAGGCCUCAAGCGGUUUGAGCGCAGGUGCAAAAGCCGGGAUUGCUAUCGGUGUGAUCCUCGGCGUUCUCUUGAUUGUAGCAGCCAUAUGGAUGGUCCUUCGACGCCGACAAAAACAAAGGGCUUUAGGGGGUCAAUUAAUGAGACCCACCGCAUCUCCUCCAUCGCCCGCACUGACGCAAACUGAAAAGACGGUGACACCAACAGAAACACCUUCGCCGAUUGAAGAGUCACAAUUGCAGAUGCCGCGAAAACCUGUGGGGUCGGCAAUAUUCUUGGAUAGUCGUUCCAUUCACGAGGCCUCCAAUGGCCGUACACCCGUUCGAGAAUAUUAUGAACUAGAUGCAGGGCCGGUUCAGGGGACUCACCAACGACCGAUUCAUGCGGAGGUUUGA